AUGUGGCUGUACUCUCCAACACUGCUGGUGGGCGCUCUAGUCCUGGAUCGCUGCCAGGCCUGCUUACACGAGCACGACUUCACGAGGUCUCUUGUCAAGAGACAGAACACCCCCCUAUCGCCAUUGACGCCAGACGAGCAAGUUUUGGUUGAUGCUGUUUCAAACACGACAAUCGACCAAUGGUCGUACUACUACACUCAUGGAUAUCACCUCGCUGGGACGAAUUUGAGCAUGGCUCAGUGGACUGCCGACAGAUGGGGUGAGAACGGCUUCGACUCCAGCGUGGUCUCAUACUACGUCUUCCUGAACUACCCGGUCAACAAGUCUCUGAGCCUCACAUAUGCCAAUGGGAGUGUGUUCCAACCUUCCCUCGAGGAGGCAGUGUUGGACGUGGAUGAGACGACUAGCUACCCAAACCGCGUACCGACUUUUCACGGCUACUCAGCGAGCGGGAGUGCCGAGGCAGAGUACGUCUAUGUCGGCCGAGGCCAGCAGGUGGAUUUCGACCGAUUAAAAGAGCUUGGAGUUCCCCUCGAAGGCAAGAUCGCUCUUGCGCGGUAUGGAGGGCCCUUCAGGGGCUUGAAAGUCAAGAACGCCCAGGAGAGCGGCAUGAUCGGUGCAGUUAUUUUUACAGACACGCAAGACGACGGAAAUGUGACCGAAGCAAACGGGUAUGCUGCCUACCCUGAUGGACCAGCACGUAACCCAAGCUCUGUUCAGCGUGGCAGCGUCCAAUUUCUGUCAACGUACCCAGGAGACCCGACGACCCCUGGCUACCCUUCAAAGGAAGACUCGCCUCGGGCAGACAGACAUCAAGUCAUGCCACGGAUCCCGUCUAUCCCCAUCUCCUACGUUGAUGCCAUUCCAAUCCUUGCCGCGCUUGACGGGUACGGGACCGACGGCGAGGCGGUGAAUCGCACCAGAUGGGUUGGCGCAUUGAAUGUAUCAUACAGCACGGGGCCUGCACCUGGCGCCAAGAUCAGUAUGAGCAACCUGAUGGAUGACGUGUAUACGCCUAUAUGGAACUCCAUCGGCAUCAUUAACGGCACGAAUUCAGACGAGACAAUUAUUAUCGGAAACCAUCGAGACGCAUGGAUCGUUGGGGGUGCUGCCGAUCCCAAUAGCGGCAGCUCCAUCAUGGUCGAACUAUCGAAAGCAUUCGGCAAGCUGCUUGCGCAAGGGUGGAAGCCAUCGCGAAACAUCGUCUUGGCCUCCUGGGACGCAGAAGAAUACGGGCUCGUGGGCUCGACAGAGUGGGUAGAAGAGUACAUCCCGUGGCUUACCGAGACAGCCGUUUCGUAUCUCAACAUCGACGUUGGCGCUUCUGGGCCGUUCCCCUAUAUCGACGCUACACCGGAACUGCACACCAUCGCGACAGAUGUAAUGAAGAAGGUCAACUGGAUGGACACGAACCGCAACAUGUACAAUGUCUGGUACGAAUAUGCCGGAGGUUCAAUCGGAGUCCUGGGAAGUGGCAGUGACUAUACCGCCUUCGUCCAUAACGGCGUCGGCGCUAUCGAUAUGAGUUCGAACCCUGGUGACACCGACCCAGUCUAUCACUACCACAGCAAUUUCGAUUCAUACCACUGGAUGACAACCUACGGCGACCCGGGUUUUCUAGCUCACAAGUCGAUGACCCACUACCUCGCACUUUUGGCCUAUAACCUCGCCGGUCCAGAGCGGAUCCAGUUCAACCUCCCAAACUGGGCUAAGCAGAUGGACACAUACUACGACGACCUGAUGUUGACGAUCAACUCCACCUCAGACACCUUGGACACCUCCGCUCUCCGCAGCGCACUAGACGAAUUCGCAUCGAGCACGACACAAGUCCAAGCUCUCGACGACCAAGCAGUGGCCGCCCAAGACGCGGCAUUAACCAGGCUUGUAAACCACAAGUACCGCGACUUCCAGCGCGGUUUCGUCUCCCAAGGAGGCUUGCCCAACAGGGAGUUCUAUAAACAUAUUAUCUUUGCCCCCGGAUUAGACACGGGGUACGCACCCACGACGUUCCCGGGAAUAACGGAGGCGUUUGAAGCUGGCAACCUUACCCUUGCGGCUGAGUAUGUGCGGAAGACGGUAGAUGCGAUCUUGGUGGCGGCGAAUAUCCUCAAGACUUAG